AUGAGCCGCGGCGCCCCGGAUGUGGAGCAGCAGCUGCGCGCGUGGCAACAGACGCAUGACAGAAAGACGGCAGUGAGUUAUAUGGAGUGGCGAAAUCUGGAGGCGAACCUGCUACUCCUUGUGCCUGCGGGGGGGGUGACACUCGCCACAUGCCUUGCAUUUACGCUGAUUCCCUUUAUUGGCCGCGGGCGAACGGCCAAACAGGGCCCCGGACUGGCCCGUCGGUACGCCGCCAACCUUCACAGUUCGCGUGCACUCCUGUUUGCGUCGAGGUUCAAUCCGCCACUAUUCUCGGCAUUUCUUACCGUAUGGCUCUUGCUUUGUCUGGCAACUCUCGUGUUUCAGCUUAUGCAGUUGGCCUCUGACGACCCAACGUGGGCGGAGCGGGUGUCGACCACACCCGAUGGCUUACUAAACUCCACGGUGUUCCUCUACGUUCUCCAAUACUGGGGUAUUUCCUCCUUGCUUAUUCACAUCCUCUUCACUUCGCGUCACUACAUGAUCGGGAGUGUGGCUUCGUUGCCGCCCUUUCUCGUGAGUUUUUACCAGGCGAUGCGGUUAACGGGAAACGAAGAGGAUGCUUGGGCCAUCCUUGCCGUCAAGGCGACGCUCGCGAUUUCCCUUUUGGUGACAGUGGCGUUCACAGCGCCGUGGCUGCAAAACGAAUACCACAUUGUCAUGCAGGGCAUCGAUGCGCAAACCUCGCGGGCAUUGGGGUUUCGAAGGAAAGUGGAGGAGAAUGCCGAACGGAAGAAACGUUCCUAA